GACGACAGCAGCGUGUGCGAUACACAUACGUCUGUCAGCCGUCGUCAGAACGAUACCUUUUCAUAUUAACGAGGAACAGAUGGCUUAUAAGGCUGCCAGUCUUUCCAUAAAUACAAUACUUGAAGACUGACACGUACCGCUGGCUGAGUCAGUCUUGGAGAAAAGUUCGCCCCGUGUUCACUUUAAUCAGGAACGAACGGAACGUAUUUACAUAGUUGGAAAGUUGAUCUCACUCACUUUUUGGCAGCGAAAAGGAACAUGGCAAAUUCUCCGAAUUGGAACAUGGAUUUAAUAAGCUUGCUCCCCGAGUGCAUUGGUGAUCACAAUAUCUCCAAUGACUUUUGGGAAAUAACGGGAGAAAAUAUAAACAACACGCAGAAAACUAGUUCUUACAACACGACGGACAUCAAUAAUUUGUCAGAGAAAGUUUGUUGUGGACUUUCUCUUGAAUACCUCCUCAAUUGCGAAAUCUUUUAGGAAUACGUACAUUUUUCUAGUUGUUUGGUUAUUUUUUUUGGAGUUAUAUAUUUUUCUCGGAAAUCGUCUGCCUAUUUUGUCGGGAAAGUUUUCAGAAAUAUUUUUUUGAAUUACUCACCUUCAAUUUUGUCAACCUCUCGGAAAUACAAUUUCUUCCACAAACGAAGCCAAAUCAUUCAAAGUGCAAGUUAAAAUGCAUGGAAAGUAGUGAAUAACUUAACCGACGCCACAAUGACAAUGACCACGAAAAACCCACGGAGACCGGCAACGACUACGGGGAACCAGGCCCACCACCAGCAGCUCUUGCUGGACGCAGCUUCCGUGGCUUUAAUCCCCCCAGAACCACGAGAAGGGGGACAUGGAGCUGGAAAUUCUUGUACGAAGAACGCAAGUGACCGUUCAGAUGAUGAAAGCGCCCUCGUGACGAGGACUCCACCUCGGUCGACUUCUGGGAAAGUGGUGGAAAUCACGAUAACUCCUGUUCCAUCGGUCCCAGAGAGCCUUGAAGAGCGAGGUGGCCUAUAUAUGCAGAAGCCAACGAAAGGUCGAGUAAUUGCUGUCAAACUGAUGGCAAUCUGCGCCUUGCUCUACAUCUUCGUCUGCUCCUUGGGAUUCAUGAGUGACGCUUUCCGAUUAAUUGCUGGGAAAGCGGCAGGCCAAGUUCUUCAGCAAGAGAAACUUAUUACGGUUCCAAUAGUGGGCGUAAUGCUGGGAAUUCUCGUCACUGUCGCAGUUCAGAGCUCGUCUACUUCGACUUCAAUCGUCGUUUCAAUGGUGGCGUCAGGAUUAUUCACGGUGAAAACUGCGAUUCCAAUAAUUAUGGGUGCCAACAUCGGAACCAGUGUGACCAACACGGUCGUCGCACUGACGCAUAUGACUAAUCGGCAAGACUUUGAGAGGGCAUUUGGUGGGGCCGUGUUGCACGAUAUGUUCAAUCUUCUCACGGUUACGACUCUCCUCAUCGUGGAACAAUUGACAUCUUAUCUGGAAGUUACUACAACAAAGAUAAUCAACAUGCUGGAUUUGCAAUCCUCCAAAGGCGGAGAGAUUCAGGUGCUAUCGAAAAUUACGAAACCCUUCACAUCUCUCAUCGUACAAAUAAACAAAGAUGUGAUUGUGGGAUGGUCAAUAAAUGACCCACAAUACGAUAAUGAACGACUGCUCAAAGUCUGGUGCAACUAUUCGAGCCUGACUUCUUCUUCUCCGCCUGAUCUACAACCGACAGCAGACGACAAUAUUGAUAACAAAGUUUCAUCUUCUUCAUCCAAUCAUUCGGCUGGGUCGUCUGGAAAUAUAAGUCAGAGGGGAAGCGGCGGUGGUGGUGAUGAUUUGCAGCUGUCUGUACAAAAUGGGAGUCAAGGGUCAACUCGUGAUGCAAUUUCGGCCGCUAUGAUGUCCACCGGAAGUACUGGGCAGAAAUGUAAAUUUCUAUUCAACAUGUUCAACUUGGGGGAUCUUGCGGUUGGUGUAAUACUUUUGGUCGUAUCGCUCGUAUUGCUUUGUGGAUGUCUGAUUUUGCUGGUCAAAGUUCUGUCAUCUUUGCUCAAAGGGAAACUUGCUGUUGCCGUGCAAAAAGUGGUGAACGCCAACAUUCCUUAUGUUCCCUGUCUCACUGGAUAUCUCGCGAUUGGAAUUGGAGCCGUUAUGACCCUGCUGGUUCAAUCCUCGUCCGUCUUUACUUCAGCUAUGACUCCGUUAAUUGCGAUGGGAAUGAUAUCACUGGAUCGAGCGUAUCCUCUGACCUUGGGAUCAAAUCUUGGCACCACGACCACCGCAAUGUUGGCUGCACUAGCAACGGAAGGUCCUAACCUGAGACUGUCAAUUCAACUAGCUCUGUGCCACAUGUUGUUUAAUCUGACUGGAAUUUUGUUGUUUUAUCCGAUUCCUUACAUGAGGUUCCCCGUACGAAUGGCAGCCGCUCUUGGCCGCAUAACAUCUCAAUACCGCUGGUUUGCCGUAUUCUACUUGAUUUUCAUGUUUGUCCUCCUCCCCUUGACCGUUUUCACUCUGACGCUCAUCGGCCCCAUGGCCUUUUACUGUGUCGCCGGUCCAGUCGGAGUCAUCAUCCUGCUUGUCCUUGGACUAACCCUUCUGCAAACAUGGAUUCCUUCUCUCCUUCCAGAAAUCUUGACGGAUUGGAACUUCCUCCCGAAAUGGUGCCGAAGUUUGGAACCCUACGACCGCGUUGUCGACCGGAUUGUAACCACGUGGCGAAUCUACUUCCCCUGGUGCUGCAGUGGCGGUGCGAGUGGGACGACGAACGUCGGUGGCAAUUUUACCGGAGGAAUGAGACCGAACAAUAGCCAAGUCUGCUUCGUAAAUGGCUCACGAUCUCCAAGUCCGCAAGGCUACGUCUUUGAUAAUUCCGCAUUUGCACGGAAUGACCACUCAUUCACGAUGGACAUGAGAAAUACUCCGGUUUGAAGGGAAGGAAAUGUGGCAAUUAGUCUGUCUAAUUUUAUUCCAGUGCUAGAUUCGUAUACCUCAUCUCAUGUUAUUAGAUAUGUAAUGUAAAAUUACACAGAUAUUUCAUAAAUUAAAUAGUUGACCAUUGUACUUUAACCCAUAAGUAGCAUCAUCAUGUUUGAACUCUUGAUCUAAAUGGUAGUUUUAACUUACAUACAAAAAGUUAUUCCUCCUUUAGACAAAUGCAUAACUCACCAGUCUCAGUAUUACUUUUGUAGAAUUGUCACUAUCAAAACAUGAAAUAUGUAUGUGUCUUUUCUCAUUUAUUAUCUACAUUGUGAUAAAAAUAUAUGCUUACAAAUACUAAACGCAUAACUAACUAACUAUGUAUACAGCCAAAUAAAUGUGUAUUUAGCGGAACAUUUUGUCCUCUUAUGAAUGUCUUCUGCAAAUGCACAGAAACGAAUGAAAGGAUGAAAUUGAUGAUAUAUGUACCUGUUUGUUGCAAAAAAAUUUGUACCUAUGUAAAAAAUAUUCAAAAUUUCACAAAUAUUUAUCAAUUUGUAUCAAUUUUAUCGCUGAAAAAUAAGCAUGCACAAAAAAAACAAUUGUUCAAUCCAACCCAGCACCGUCUAAAAUUUCUGCCGAAUUGUUUAUUUAUUUAUAUACGUCAAGCCCUGCCAUAUUCGCUGAAUGUAAGACUUGUAAACUUGUGAUGAUAAGCACACCGGAUAAGUAUAAUAGUGCUGAUGUGAUGUGUACUGAGGAUGAGUGGGUGAUAGAUAAAUAAGUGUUGUUCACAUUAAUAUUAUUAUUAUUAUUACGCACGCAUCAACCUCAUUGCAGAUAACUUUGUGUCAAGUGUUUGCAUGGAGGGGAAAUCGCAACACAUAAUAAUUACAUAUGUAUUAUUUACAAUUGUCCAAACUUACGUGCAUACUUGAUUAUUUUGCAAACUUGCCUUUUUUCGAGCAGUGGCCGCGGAAGCUGUGGGGGCAUUAACAUUGUAGGAUAGGGGAGGGAGGGGCUUAUAUAACAUGGGCAGACGAUGGGGACAUCGAAUAACCGUGGGGACAUUGUCCCUCAUCUGUCCUCACGCUCCCGUGGCCACGGUUUUCGAGGAUGAUAUGAUGAUAAUAUGUACAUGCACUGCAAAAUUUCCUCGUAUUUGUAAUAUGGAUCAACACUGCUAUCUGUCAACCAGUGUUGUUGAAACUUUUUGAUUUGACCGUUUAUCAUGAUCACUGAAAUAAAAAGCGAAACGAUUAUGAAACAAAAAUUGA